AUGGACAGCAAGAAUGCUCACUCUGAUGAUUCUACAGAAGAAGAAAACACCAUUAUAGAUCUGGACAAGAUCUUGACUGAAGAAAUUGGACAGUUUGGUUGGUUCCAGCUUCGGACAGUGACAUUAACUGCGAUUGCUGUUAUAUUUAGUGGUGCUGUUGCCAUCGAGUAUGUUUUUACGACAGCAAGGACUAAUACCAGAUGCUUGAUACCAGAAUGCGAAUCAACAGAUCAAUCAAUUGAUUUCUCCCCAGCAUGGAUCUUUAAUGCUGUCCCGGCAGCAAGCUCCUCAUUUAAUGGCUGCCAACGUUUUGCCAACAUUUCUACCAACGAUAAUGCCAAUGUCUCAGAAACUUGCCCAGUUAGCCUAUUCGACACUAACAAAGUCAUCAACUGUGAGGAGUUUGUCUAUGAGAAUACUAACACUGUUGUCUUUACUUUUGGGAUUGCAUGCCAGGAGUGGAAACGCUCCUUCAUCGGAUCAGCGCGUACUAUUGGUACACUCUUUGCGCUACCAAUUACAGGUUUCGUGUCAGACAAAUGGGGACGUCGUACAGCAUUGGCCAUCAAUGCGGUUAUCCGAGCCAGCCUUGGUCUAUCUCGCGCUUGGGUCAACACAUACGUUGGAUAUACGGCUUUGCAGUUCUUGGAAGCCGUAUUGGGGUCCGGUGUCUUCUCUAGCGCUUAUAUUCUAGUUAUGGAGUUGUUGGGCCCGAAAUUGCGAGUCAUCGGUGGAGCGUCUAUGAACGCAUUCUUCUCUCUUGGAAGCAUCUGCACUGGUCUGCUUGCCUGGGGUGUUCCAGACUGGCAAAACCUGACCCAAGUCCUCUAUAUUCCAAUGUUCAUCACAAGUUUCUCCCUUUGGAUCGUCCCAGAAUCAUUACGCUGGACCUUGAGCAAAGGACGCUAUGAAGAAUCUGAAGCUGUUCUUAAAACUGCCGCCCGUUUAAACGGAAAAAAUCUUUCUGACAGGUCUCUACUUGCUUUGAGAAAAGCAGUAGAAGAAGAGAAGAAUGUAAACGCUUUAGAAGCAUGGGAAAAACAAGCCGAGCCUUGGCUGAUAGUUCAAGUGUUUAAACACAAACAGGUUAUGAUUCGAUGUAUCGUGUCUCCUGUUUGGUGGAUUACAUAUACUUUUGUGUAUUAUGGGCUUUCAAUCAACGCUGUAAACAUCUCUGGCAAUCAUUACUUAAACUUCGUGGCAGUUUCGAUGAUGGAAAUACCUGGGUACUGGACAUCAAUAUUUCUAUUGGGGAAUAUUGGUCGAAAACCUGUCCUCAUCUGUGCUUUUUGGUUAUGCGCUGCUUGCCAAGUAGCAUAUAUUUUUAUGCCUGAAGGUUACUACGGAAUCUCCUUGACAGUAUAUCUCAUUGGCAAAUAUGCCAUCGCCAUGGUAGUUUCAGCAUUAUAUGUUUACACAGCAGAACUGUUUCCUACCAGGCACCGCCAUAGCCUCUUAGGUUUCUCCUCUAUGGGCUACUCCACGUUCGAGAAGUUACCAUUCGUGCUAUUUGGAAGUUGCGCUCUUCUGUCGGGCUGCCUCGUAUUUAUCACACCUGAGACCCUCGGAGCUAAGUUCCCUGACACCAUGGAAGAGGCUUCUGAUAUUGGAAAAAGCACAGACGUGUCUUAAGUUGUG